AUGGAUUUAUCAAAACUGAAGGAGAUAGAAAAUAUACAGUAUUGUUUUCCAUCUGAUAACUCUACUUGCCCCAAAGAGCUCCAUACACCAACUAACAUCCUUCUGCUUUCACUGGCUGUAGCAGAUUUUGCUCUAGGGCUAUUUGUGAUGCCAUUCACUAUGGUUAGGUUUAUUGAAACCUGUUGGUAUUUUGGGGAUAUAUUCUGCCUUUUUCACUCCAAUAUUGACCUGGCUUUGUCAGCUAUUUCUGUUUUCCACUUGAUAUUCAUUGCUGUUGAUCGUUAUUUUGCUGUGUGUGAUCCAUUGCUGUACACUGCCAAAAUAACAAUGCGUGUGGCAUGGCUGUUUGCUGCAAUUAGCUGGAUAGUUGGAAUACUUUACAUAUGUACAAUUGUUUAUUUUAAAGGCAAUACUGAAGGUCAGGAAGGCUUUGAUCCAUGUCCAGGAGACUGUAUAAUUGUUUUUAAUGCUGUAUGGGGUACAUUAGAUACAAUUGUCACAUUUUUUCUACCAUGUUCUGUGAUGCUGGGCAUUUACAUAAAGAUUUUUACUGUGGCAAAAAGGCAUGAAAGAGUAAUCAGUACAAUUGAAGACCAAAUGCAGCCAAUAGAAGGAAGGAAAGUCAAAGCAUCACGAAGUAAGGAAGGAAAAGCGACUAAGACAUUAACUAUUGUAAUAGGUGUAUUUGUUGUUUGCUGGUUACCAUACUUUGUUAACAGUCUAAUGGAUCCAUUUAUAAACUUUUCCACUCCCCCAGUAGUAGUUGAUGCACUGCAAUGGCUGGGAUAUUUCAAUUCUGGCUUUAACCCAAUUAUUUAUGCUUUAUUUUAUCCUUGGUUUCAGAAAGCUCUAUAUGUUGUUGUGACAUGCAAAAUAUUUAGCCCAGAUUCCUCCUUCAUAAAUUUGUUUCCAGAAAGCAACUGA